CAAAGAAACUAAAAUGGCAUCGCAGGAUCAGCGUUACAGAGCCGGUGAAGUGAAAGGCCAAGCUGAAGACAAGACCAAAGACCAUUUGACUAGCAACCACUUGCCGGAGAUGGGCCAGUCGACGACGGCCGGAAAAAAGAAGACCGGCGGUGGAGGGGUGAUGCAGAGGACGGGAGACCAAGUGAAGAGCAUGGCUCAAGGUGCUGCAGAAAAGGUGAAGCAAUCGUUUGGAAUGGCGGAGGAGGAGGAGGAGGAGGCGGUGGUCGGCGGUAAGACAGGUGGCGCCCCCACCGGGAGGACAACUACUAGGAAGACCACUUACUGAUGAUGUUAUUGAUGAUCUUGGUUUCAUUUAAAGUGGUUUGUUUUGAUUAAUUUUAAUUAUAUGUUUUAAUUAAGGUUGGUUUUAUGA